UUAUAUAUAAUUAUGACCUAUAUUAAAUAUUCUUUUACUAUUCAAAUAACAUGUCUAAUACAGGAAAUUUAGAUGAAAAUAUUUUAGAAGAAAAUAACGAGAUAGCAAAACACAUAGAGGAUUUAAGAGAAAGAAGUAGUCAAAUUUCCGAUAUAUUAGGAAAUUUUUUCUCAGAAAGAACAGAUAAUAAUAAAGAAAAAAUGCUAACAUUAAAUAUAGAUCCAUUAAAAUACAUCUCAAAACUCCCUGAUUUCAACGGAGAUUAUAGAGAACUACAAAAUUUUAUAGAUUUGGUAGACAAGAUCCACCCUGUUUUGGUCAAAUAUGAUCAACUCUCUCAAAGUAUCUUUUCUGAUUACUUAAAAUCAAAAGUAAAAGGUAAAGCGAGGGAAGUACUAGAGAUAAACUCUCAUAUAACUUCAUGGCCUGACAUAAAGGCAACACUUAUUAGCAACUUCGGUGACAGACUUACACUCGAGGAGCUAUUUGACGAACUUAGGUCCGUCCAAUUUAAAACAAACAGCGUAGACUUCUUUAAUGAAAUAAAAACUACUUUGAGACGAUUAAAUAUAAAAACAAAACUUAUUUUUGAAAAAGAAGAUCAUACAAUAAUCGAAACAAACAUAGAAAAUAAUAAACAUUCCGCUCUAGUUAUUUUUAGAAAUAAAAUUCCCGAACCAAUGCGUUCACUGAUAUGUUGCAGGAAUCCGCAAAGCUUAGAAAGUGCAAUCACUAUUCUACAUGAGUGUGGAUACGCACAUUAUAAUCCUUAUAAUAAAUCCCUUACUCCUAAACUUAAUACACAACAACAUAAAGACACUGACACUGCUAUACAAAAGAAAAGACCAAUGAACCCAAACACAUCUUGGCAACCUAGAUCAUUUAACCACCAAUAUAUGAACCCAUCAUUUGAGUCUUAUAGACCAAACAAUUUUAAUACAUCGUGGCAACCUAGAACAACAAAUAAUAAUUAUAUAAAGCCCCCAUUCGAUCACUAUCGAUCAAAUAAUACUAGUUAUAAUGCAAAUAGGCAACCUAAUAAUAAUAACUACAUAAAACCACCGUUUGAGCAUAAUCGACCCCAUCCAAAUAACUAUAAUAAUACCCAGCACUACAACAGUAACAAUCAGAAUCAAAACCCUUUCAGGAAUUCUAACAAUUCAAAUAAUCGUAACACUCAAGAACCUAUGGAAAUAGGACUUGCUCAAAGAAGGCAAGAUACUAAUCAAAAAAAUCAAAACUAUAAUAUAGAACCCUCAAAUUUUCACUUACUAGCCUCGGAUACAACCUACCCUAUAUAAUAGUGUCAUCUAAAACUAGACCAUUAAAGUUUAUAAUCGAUACUGGAGCCACCCACUCAAUUAUAAACCCAGAAAUAUGCCACCCUAAAUGGCAUAUUGAUUUAGAAGAACCACUUAAUCUUAAGACACUCAGUCACAAUAUUAAAAUAAAUAAAAAGGCACAGAUUCCUCUAUUUAGCGAAUUAGGUGACAGCAACAUAAGAACAGAAUUCUUAAUUUGUCAAUUCCAUACCGAAUUUGACGGAUUAAUAGGAAAUAACAUAUUGACACCUUUAGAAGUAAAUAUAGACUAUAAAAAUAAAUUGAUAAAAACAAAAGACAAAACCAUAGAAUUGCAUUUUAAUAAUAAAGUCCCUACAUCAGUUAAACUUACCGAAAUAGAUGUACCUGUUAAACAAGAAAAAGGACUGGGAUAUAUAAAUGAAACCAUAUUAGGAGAUAACUUAAUAAUAAAAGAAGGAAUUUAUAA